GUAAAGUUCGCCAAAGGUCUUAAUGUGUGAAGGGCGUGCUUCAAAAGCACAUCUAAGGAAUGUAUGCCCGUUCCGCCAAUAGGACGAAAGUGAUGACGUAAUGAGAGCCAUGUAGCUCUCCCCGCCCUACGAUUGAACCAGCACGGCAAAAGCGUACGUAUAGAAUCUCAGGCCGCAUCGAAGUUCUUUGAAGCGCCUAGAAACCGGACAGCGCGUAAGUGAAAACGUGGAGUCACCGGCGGACUCUGAGUCUUAGAUUGUACGACCAACUAUCAUGACUGAAUCUUUAUUGUCAAGUCGUGGACAAAAAGAACUUACUGACGGAGCUGAUGAGCAUCAAGUAUGGGAAGUUAGUGCAAAUCAAUGGGAUCCCGAGACCAAUCCUAACGGCUAUGUCUCGCUGGGGAUUGCCGAAAAUUCCCUUUCGCAUGAUGAGCUUGCUGAGUUCCUGCGGAAUAAAUCUUUGAUAGAUCCGUCCGCAAAGGCCUUCACGUACCAAGACGGGCCUGCGGGAUCAAAGCCGGCCCGUAAUGCCAUCGCAUCUUUCUUCAACACAUACUUCCAUCCCAUUCAGCAAGUUCGAGCCGACAAUAUCAUAAUCACAAACGGUGCCAGCUCGGCUAUCGAACACUGCGCAUGGGCUUUAUGCAACUCUGGCGAGGGUAUCCUUUUGGGACGGCCAUACUAUCGUGCCUUCUUACCAGACAUUCAAACGAGAUUCGGUGUCAAAGUAGUCCCGGUCGCCUUUGGGGAGGUAGACCCCUGCGGUUUAGACUGUGUUGCUAGAUAUGAAGAGGCGCUGCUUCGGUCGAAUGCAGAUGGAGUCAAGGUGCGCGCGCUCCUACUCUGUAAUCCGCAUAACCCGCUGGGACGGUGCUAUUCGAAGGCUACCAUCGUUCAAUUGAUGCUGCUGUGUCAAAAGUAUCAAAUGCAUCUCAUCAGCGACGAAAUCUACGCACUUUCGGUCUGGGAGAACACAGUCGACAAGCUAGAGGCACCGCCAACGCCCUUUGAGUCAGCGCUGUCUAUUGACACACGCGAAAUCAUAGACGCAGCACUCGUACACGUACUUUGGGGCUUCUCCAAAGACUUCGGAGCGAAUGGGAUCAGGAUCGGCGUCAUGAUAUCGCAGCAUAACGAGCCGUUCCUGACAGCAUGUCAAACUGCAUGCAUAUACUCUUCACCCUCUUCGCUAGCCGAGAACGCAGUUGUCACAAUCCUAUCCGACCCUAACUUCCUAGCUUCUUACAUUAGAACUAAUAGCGAGCGAAUGUCGGCCGCAUACACUUACGCUGUCCAGCUGCUCCGUAGGUACGACAUUGAUUAUAUUCCUGGCGCGAACGCAGCAUUCUUCUUGUGGAUCAACCUGGGGAAGAGGUAUUUGCAGGUCUUGGGUGACUCAGCUCGCGGGAAGUCAAUGGACGCUUUUACGAACGAGAUUUUCCAGCUACUCAUGAAGAAGAAAGUGUAUCUGGUGCUGGGUGAUGCAGCUGGUGCUGAGCAGCCUGGUUGGUUCAGGAUGGUCUUCACCCAACCGCCGAGGUCUGUGGAGGAAGGCCUCAAGAGGAUAUCGGAAGCACUGAAUGGAGAGUGACAGAAGUGAGAGCGACGGUCAACAGGGAAAUCAAUUGACUGACGACUCAUUGGUCGGGUCUAUUAAAGACUACCACUACUGACAUCUGUCAAGUGUACCGGCAAAGACCACUGCAAUCAAC